UAAUAAUUUCUACCACAAAUCACGACACAUCGUAUACAAAACUGUUAGCGUUCGCUCCGCUCCGUUCACUUUACACAAAGCUGUGCGAGAGGAACGUUUGAAUUUCCAUCAACAACAACGCUGAGUACUGUCUACACUCUCACCUACGUCGACCACCGCCUAAAAAAAAACCUUCCUUUGAAAAAUGUCCGGAAAAGUGCUACUCACCGACGAUGUGGCAUACAAGGCUCUGGCUGAACACUACGCGUCCGCGGGAUCGUCGCUGAAUAUAAAAAAUCUGUUCACCUGUGAUAGUGACCGUUUUGACAAGUUCAGCUUACGAUUAACUACACCAAAUGAUGGUGAUGUAUUACUUGAUUAUUCAAAAAACCGUGUGAAUGAGAAAACUUUAGAACUAUUGUUUAAUUUGGCAAAAGCUCGUAAAGUUGAAGAGGCUAGGUCUGCUAUGUUUGGUGGUGAGCGAAUUAAUGUAACAGAAAAACGACCUGUAUUGCAUAUAGCCUUACGUAAUCGAUCUAACAAACCAAUAGUAGUUGAUGGUCAAGAUGUAAUGCCAGAAGUUAACAAUGUUCUGAAGCACAUGAAAGAAUUCACUGAACAAGUAAUAUCAAAGAAAUGGAUAGGAUUCACAGGAAAACCUAUUGAAGAUGUAGUCAACAUUGGUAUUGGGGGAUCAGAUUUAGGUCCAUUAAUGGUUACAGAAGCAUUAAAACCUUAUGCUAUAGGCCCCCAUGUUCAUUUUGUGUCUAAUAUUGAUGGAACACAUUUAAAAGAAGUAUUGAAGAAGGUUAAUCCUGAAACAGUAUUGUUUAUAAUUGCUAGUAAAACAUUUACUACUCAAGAAACUAUAACAAAUGCAACAUCUGCUAAGAAAUGGUUUUUGGAAACUGCUAAAGAUGAAUGCAGUGUAGCUAAACAUUUUGUUGCACUCUCUACCAACAAACAAAAAGUGACAGAGUUUGGAAUCGAUGAAUGCAACAUGUUUGGUUUUUGGGACUGGGUUGGAGGACGUUACUCACUUUGGUCAGCUAUUGGUCUUUCAAUAUGCUUAUCUAUUGGUUUUGAAAAUUUUGAAUCUUUAUUAAGUGGUGCGCAUUUCAUGGAUCAACAUUUUGUGAACACUCCAUUGGAGAAAAAUGCACCUGUUAUUUUGGCUUUAUUAGGAAUCUGGUAUCACAACUUCCAUGGUGCUGAAACACACGCACUUCUUCCUUAUGAUCAAUAUUUGCAUAGAUUUGCUGCAUACUUUCAACAAGGUGACAUGGAAUCUAAUGGAAAAUCUGUCACUUUAAAUGGUACUCCAAUUUCAUCGUAUUCUACUGGGCCCAUUGUCUGGGGUGAACCAGGUACAAAUGGUCAGCAUGCAUUUUACCAACUAAUUCAUCAAGGUACUCGUCUCAUACCUGCUGAUUUCAUUGCUCCUGCUGUCACCCAUAGUUGUAUAAGUGGAGGAAUACAUCACCAGAUUUUGAUGGCUAAUUUUUUGGCUCAAACUGAAGCACUGAUGAAAGGUAAGACUCCAGAUGAAGCACGCAAAGAACUUGAGGGAUCAAAUUUAGACUGUGUCGAACUUGAAAAGCUUGUUGCACACAAAACAUUUUCUGGAAAUCGUCCAACCAACUCGAUCGUAUUUAAGCAGAUUACUCCAUUUACCUUGGGAUUAUUAAUCGCUUUGUAUGAACAAAAAAUAUUUGUCCAAGGUAUUAUUUGGGAUAUCAACUCAUUUGACCAAUGGGGUGUUGAACUGGGCAAACAGUUAGCUAAAAAGAUUGAACCUGAACUUCAAACACCAAACAAUAUUACAAGUCACGACUCAUCUACCAAUGGUCUCAUCAACUUUAUCAAAUCCCAUUGGUCAUAGACUAUGUAGGAUUAAUCCAGUCUACUAUUGUUAUUAUUUAUUAAAUUGUUUAUUUAGAAGGCUGUAGUAUUUAUGUGGAAACAAAUUGUACUUUUAUCAUUUGUUUAAUUAUUGUGUAAUAAAUUAUUAGAAUGUGAUAUUAAAUCACUUAACAUCCAAUA